AUGGCUGACAUCGAAGAUACUCACUUUGAUACCGGAGACUCUGGUGCUUCAACCACAUACCCCAUGCAAUGUUCAGCUUUGCGAAAGAAUGGUUUCGUUAUGUUAAAAGCUCGCCCGUGCAAAAUUGUGGAUAUGUCCACAUCAAAGACUGGUAAGCACGGACACGCUAAGGUCCAUUUAGUUGGCCUAGAUAUUUUUUCUGGUAAGAAAUAUGAAGAUAUAUGCCCGUCAACUCACAAUAUGGAUGUUCCAUUUGUCAAACGUGAAGAUUAUCAGUUGACUGAUAUAUCAGAUGAUGGCUAUUUAUGUUUGAUGUCUGACAAUGGUGAUUUGCGCGAAGACUUGAAGAUUCCUGAAGCUGAAAUUGGUCAACAAUUGAAAAAUGAAUACGAUGCUGGUAAAGAGCUUUUGUGUACCGUAUUGAAAUCCUGUGGCGAAGAAUGUGUGAUUGCCAUUAAGACAAACACUGCUUUGGACAAAUAA